AUUUUUUCCUCUCCCUCAAUUUCCUUCCUACAGUAACUUGCCAACCCGCCUUUUGUGGCUUGUCUCUCCUUUCCCAUUCCCCUUGAACCCCUGUCGCGCAUUUGUUUGCUUCUACAGGAAUAAAUUAUUUUUCCCUUCCUUGUUUCACCGUCGAGGAAAUUCCUCUCCUAUUCAUCCUCUCGAACCCGAGCGACCCUGCAACUUCCCGCCUACUGAACCCUCCGUGCCUUUCCGUGACUCAUGCGGAAUGCUGUCUAAACUCCAGCAGUCUCUGUUGGAUAGUGAUUGAUCGUUUACUGUGCUCUAAAACCUCUUCACCAUGCAAUCCUCUUCGCGAUCAGACAGCAGCGCGAUGACCGCAAAGCUUGACCACGAUAGUUUCGUCGCGUUCGACCAUGCCGCCGCCGGACAUGACGGCGUCCAGUGCACCGUAUCCGGCACCUUCAUCGCAAAGCCUUGCACCGCGCAAGAAGUUGCGUUCUACGAGUCCAGCGCUCUCCACCCGGCAUUCCAAGAAUUUCUGCCCACGUACAUCGGCACGUUAACCUCCGCGAAUGAACAGCAGCCUCUGGCACUGGCCGCGGCCCAGCAAGCCGGCGCCAUCAUGCUCCCCACCUCGGAAUAUUCCUCCGCGUCUGACACUCCUACGACGACGCUUCCAGCCCAAGCUGUCACCACUAGCACAGCGACGGCGACGGCGACAGCGUCCGAAGGGGCCAGCUCUAGCAGCGCAGCGGCUGCGGAGUCGUCAUGGGUCCCCUCCAACGGAAAGAAGCUCGAGACCGGGAUCUCGAUCGUGCUGGAGAAUGUGGCUGCGGGCUUCAAGCGGCCCAAUGUGCUGGAUGUGAAGCUGGGCGCUAGGCUCUGGGCGGACGAUGCGCCACCCUCGAAACGCGCAAAGCUGGACCUCGUGUCCAAGGAAACGACAAGCUCGACGCUGGGGUUCCGGAUUGCUGGAAUGAAAGUUUGGACCGGGGUGAGCGGGGAGACCGACGAGGGCAGUCGGACUGACCCUUACGCGACGAAAUACGAGGGCGCCGAAGGUGCUAAGGGGCAGGUUGUCGAGGCAGAUGGCUACAGGCGGUACGAUAAGUGGUAUGGCCGGUCGCUCACGGAGGGCAACAUCAAGGAAGGAUUCCGGACGUUUCUCGCUGGUGCCAAAGCCGGGGCUGUAGAUCGGUCCCAGUUGGUCGCGGGACGACUUGCCGAGGAAUUGAAGCAGGUGCAGGAAGUUCUGGAGUCUGAAGAAAGCCGAAUGUACUCUUCAAGUGUACUAAUCGUCUAUGAAGGCGACCCAGAAGCCAUGGAAAAGGCGCUGGAGGAAGAGCAGAAGCCUCGACCGGAGCGCGAGGAAGCAGAGGACGAGGACGAGGACGAGAAUGAGGACGUCGAAUUUGAGAUCCAAGAUGGGUCUUUCCAAGUGGUCGACAUACCCCUUGGCCAGGGCAGCGUGCCGCACCAGGCUAUCAACAUCAACCUAGGCCCCGAGGUCGCAGAGCUGGGGGAGCUAGAUCUCGACGAGGACGAGGAGGAUCCCCCAAAAGUGCAUGACCUCCGACUGAUUGACUUUGCGCAUGCAAGCUGGACCCCGGGCCAGGGCCCGGACGAGAACGUCCUAACGGGGAUACGGAAUCUGACUCGGAUCCUGGAGGAGCUUGCCUUGGAGUAAAUGUUCAGUGAAAACCAUCAUAGUCGCUGGCGGCUUAAGAUGGAAGCAAUAGUUAGUAGCAUUGCGCCCGGUGUUCGCAUAGGCUACAGCACACGAGGAUUUAGCAAAACCAAAAUGAAACCAGAUCAGAAU